AUGCGUAGGCAAGAGAUUGCAGAUUCCCAACGAACUGAAAAGCAACUAUAUAACUCAUGUGCUAAAGAAAUAUUGGAAUCUGCGGAAUAUCUUAUGAAAGUUAUUGAAAAAUAUAGAUUAAUAUUACAACCUAAAAGAGAUGAUGAACACUUUUCUAAUUUACUUUCACGCUGUGAAGCUCUGUCUUUAAAAAUUUCUUCAAUGACUGUAAAAUUACAAAAAUCUGUUUAUACUCGAGAUAGCAUUAUUGCAUUGCAAUCAGUUAGGUCAGAAUUAUUGAAACGUAAAAGAAAUAAUCAUCAAGAGAUUGUUGCCAUUGAGCAACAACUCACUGAGUUUAGAAACCUUGGGGACUCAUUUAAUGUUAUUGUGAAUGAAUACAAUCAAUUACAAGAAGAUAUUGAACGACGUACAUGGGCCUUGAAUAAAUUACAUUAG